AGUGUGGUGCAUGGAUUCAUCUUCAACGUGCUCCGGCUGGCGUUGGAAGUAGUUCCGGUGGUUUGGCAGCCCAGCGGAGCACUCAGUGCCGGGGUCUUCGUGCUGUGAGGAGCGCAAACGCGAGUAGAGGCUCGAGUCCGCCGCUCGGGAUGUCAGUCGUCGGCUGACCACAGCAGCAAGAGCAGCGGUCAGUCAGUCAGUCGGUCAGUCGCCUGCACCGUGCUCACCGCUCCACUGACACUGUCUCCUGGACGCAGCUGGAGCUUUUGUCUUCGGAGGAGGAAUGUUAGUAGUAUAGGCGUCUGGAGCUUCUGUGAAGCAGCGUGCAGCAACAGCAAAGCGUCGCCGGUUCAUGUUCACCAUCCAUCGCAGCGGCCAUUGCAGUGGCUAAAUGAAGAACUUGUGAACAUGCGUGAGGGGAGGACUCUACAUUUCACUUCCUUGACUUGUCCAGAUGCUCUGGCCCAAAGAAAGAUGGAAAGGAAUGGGAAAAACUUGAGCCAAGGCUUCUGCACAGCACCCAUCCAGUGAGCCCACAGGAGAUCCCGUGUACGCCGCGUCGCUGAGCCUCCUCGACUUCCCUUCUGACCUCUCGACUCGCAAAUCAGCAUGACCUCUGAGCUGGAGAGCAGCCUGACAUCGAUGGACUGGCUCCCCCAGCUCAGCAUGAGGGCGGCCAUCCAGAAAGCAGGCACAGGACAUCACCACAGCCACCACCAUGGACACCACAACCACCACCAUGGCCACCAUCAGGGACAAGGCCUUGGAAAGAAUACUGUUCACCUGGAUCCAGCCUCGACCCUGGACCACGAGGAGGCGGCACAGCACAGAGACGGGAAACCGCCGUAUAGCUACGCCAGUCUCAUCACCUUUGCUAUCAAUGGCUCACCGCGCAAAAGGAUGACGCUGAGCGAGAUCUACCAGUGGAUCUGUGACAACUUCCCUUACUACCGGGAGGCGGGGAGUGGCUGGAAGAAUUCUAUACGACACAACCUGUCCUUGAACAAGUGCUUUCUCAAAGUGCCUCGCUCCAAGGAUGACCCUGGGAAGGGUUCCUACUGGGCCAUAGACACCAAUCCUAAAGAAGAUGCCACGCCCAGCAGGCCGAAGAAGAGGCCGCGGUCUGGAGAAAGAGCGUCUACUCCGUACAACCUGGAGUCAGAGUCCCUGAGAAUGGACUGCAUCAUGUCUGGAGGAGCGUCUCCCACUCUGGCCAUCAAUGCUGUCACCAACAAGGUAACGCUGUACAGCCCUGAAGCAGAAGGCAGUGAGAGUCCAGGGAGUCUGGGCGGCAGCCUGAGCAACAGUCUGUCAGAGCAGAGUUUGGCGUCCGUCAACCUCAACAACCUGAACACCGCCGUCAGCAGUGGCAGCAACGUCCACAGCUACACACCGGUGAGCAACCACUCUGAACCUUCUUCCCAGUCCUUGAGCCUCCAGCAGCCCACCCAGCCUCCACCACUGCCCCCUCCUCCACCGCAGCCCCAGUACGGUCUGUCCGUCCAAGAGUCGAGGGAAAAGCAGCUCUGCUUCUCCGACUUUGAAGACCUCAGCGCUUCUUUCCGCAGUCUCUACAAGUGCGUCUUUGAGCAGUCGUUCUCCCAGCAAGGGUUGAUGGGUUUACCUGGAGACUCCAGCCAGCAGACCAGGACCGCCUGCUCCUACCAGCACUCACCUGGUGCUGUGAACAGCAGCGGGCACCACCACAACCAACACAAUCACGGUCAAGGCUCGCACCACUCCCACCCUGCACAGCAGCACCUCUCCACUCACUCCACUCACUCCACCCACAGCCAGCACCAGGCACAUGGGCAGCACCAACAGCACCCGGGUCUCUCCCACUCUGCACCCAACUGCCACACCACAGGCAUUUCUUCUGACUGGUAUCCAAACCUGGACUGGCUGAAGGAGAGCUGUCGCAUCGCUACGAGCUACAACUGGGCUGACGUUGAUCUCUCCCCAUUUCAAGGUCUAAAAGAGAGCAUGCGUCAGGCUGAGCUCAACAACUGGUCGCUGGACGCCGCCCAGAUGGCAGACCUGUGUUCCUCUAUUAACCAGUUCUUCACGGCCACGGGGGUCACGCCCCCUCAGAGCGCCCCUCACACGCAAGCUCAGGUCCAACACCCGACGCCGACGGGGGCAACGCAGCAUCCAGCUCAGCCACACGGGGCCAUGCACCCAAAGGCCAGCCAGCAUAAUCAUCAGCAUGGACAGCAUAAUCACCACGGCCAACACAUUAGCACAGGAAACAUGUACAUGGACACAAGACAGAGCAUCUCCUCUCUGAUGGGUCCACCAGGGUACCCACACAUGCCCCCAAUGAACAACACAGCUCCAACUAUGACAGGUCAUCACAGCCAGCUGAGCCAGCAGCCACACACACUUCCUCCAGGACACUUUCAGGUAAGACGUAUGCUGGCUGCAGAUGACAUCCAGGAUGACUUUGACUGGGACUCUAUUGUCUAAGAGGAGCCGGUGGUUGAGCACAGACAGUCUAGUAGAGACACCUGAGGUAAGGCACGGACCAAACCGCUGCAUUUGUCAGUGAGAAAAAAAAAAAAAAAAAACAGAAGACAAUCUAACAGGGAAAAAAAACAUUUGAAGUUUGGGAUUUUCUGGUUGAAGCAGUGGAAAAAUCUAAAGACAAUCAUGAAAACGAAAAAAAAAAUGACACAUCAUAAAAACUGGACCAAGCCAGGUUGUAACGGUGGUCAUCUGAGGCUCCCCGAACUGUCUCGUGUUGUGUCCCUCCAGAGCAACAACAGGGUUACAAGUCGCCAAAGUGUUGAUGAGUCGUCUGUGAAAUAUUUACAUUUUUAAUUUCCUAAAUGUUCUGCUUCCUGCUGCGCAGUGUAUGUUUGUGAAACUUUAGCGUCAGUGCUUGAAAUGUACAGAGACUCUAUUUCAUCAAAUUCUGAAAAUGCUUUUACCACGUUAUCCUGGAGGAUGCCUGAUAUCCAAUCAGCUUUUUUGGCUCCUGAUCCACGUCCUAUCUUUUUGUUAAUUUGGCAUCAGUUGAUAUCAAGUCCCGAUCUCCAUCCUGUCCUUUCACGAGCAGCUUUUUAAAAAGAAGGAUCGAUGAAGUGUGCAGUGUGUCUUAGCAGUUGAAGGAAAUUUCCUGAUCCCCCAGCAGCAUAACAGAUGAAGACUGUCUUCAGGCAGAUAAGAGUUGUGAUGCCUUAUUUGGUUGGUUUAUCAGAUGGAUUUGGCCACUUACUCUCUAGUAAAUUGACAUGGUUCCUUGAUUUCUAAAUGAGACGUUAGUAACACGCUUUGAUCGAAAACAAAAAAAAAAAAAAACAAGGGAUUGAACACAGAUGGAUUCUUUAGACACAUGUUUGAAUUUCAUUUUCUGAGUGGCUAAUUCCUACACCUUUACCUUUUUAAUGGUAAUGAGCGCCUCCAUGCUCUGCCCACCUCUUAUCCACCUCUUCUCCUCACGAAGGUUACAAGGCGACAGAGACAUUAGUGAGGUUUUGUUGUGGUGGAUAAUGAUUUAGAGGCACAGCAGUGAAGUUAAGACCACAUUUCUGGAGAAUGUACUUUCAUUCUUUUUUUUUCAUUCUUUCAAAUUUUAUGAUCUCCUGCUUUCCUAUAUCACAAGGUGGGUAAAUCCUGAAGACCACGGAGAAGCAAAUAUGUGUCCCCAGACCACGACAGGUUUCAGGUCAAUGUUAAUUUACCCACAUAAUUACAUUUUCAACACUCAUCGUGAAAUAAAUAUAAUUAUCUCUCAGUUCUCUGCACCAGCUUUUCAUUAGCUUCAUUUUAUCACACUUGACAUCAGUUUUUCGGUCGAUAGUCGACUAGUCGAUGUUUGAUUCACCUCACUCACAUUCUUCCAUCUCAUCCUUGAGUUCCUGAGUUGGGUUAUAUAUCACUUAAGUGGUUUUUUUGUUGUUGUUUAUUUCAAUAAACACCAUAGUGGGAAAAAAAAAAACCUUAACUUUAAUUGAAGUAGACGAUGCAGCGCUGGCUGACCAGGUUUUUUCCAACUAGUUCAUCAUUUCCAGUGUAAUUUUCCAGCAGAGAAGAAGUGUAGAAGUGGUUUUGCUUUAUUUUUUUUUUGUGCACAAUGUAAAGCUUGACAUCAUCUAAUGCAAAGAGAAGAAAAAAAAUAAAAACAAACUAGCAGGGCUUUUAUCUCUUUGUUUCAAAAGUCAUCCAAAAGAAGAACAAAGACUAUUCAAGACGCGGGACUUUUCUUCUACUGUGACGUUUGAUUUUUGCCUGUGUGUAACCGUGUGUACAGUUCUCUUCCGUUUCCUUUCGCCUGCAGUAACAGUCCGCAGAAAUAAGACACUCGAGGAGCAAAUACUUUGUUUUUACUACAUGUAUACACAGUGAAAUGUUGGAACUUAAAGUGCUCUCAGUAAAUAGUCAACAUAAGGUCUCAUCAUUGAAAAUAAGCGACUUUACCAUUGCCAUCAAAUGCUGUAAACCAGAGACCAGCAUAUAUAUUGUACGUUCGUGUGUCAGUGUCCCUGUAAAUAACAGUCUGUUGCUCUGUUUGACCUGAUGGUGGCAGCCAAAAUGGACCGGAACGUUUUUUUUUUUGUUACCUGUCCUUUCAGGAGACGUGUGAAGUAAAUACCUUUAGUUGACUGUAAAUAGGUGGUUUGAAAAGGGGAAAAAAAAUCAGGAAAAAAAAAAACAAACUUUUGCCGUUGGCGUUGUGUGUGUCGAAACAAUCUGUGUAUGACAGUUCAACAGUUCAAAUCUGUUUCAGUGUUUAUUAAAAAUGUCAUUGACCAUU